GUCCCCCUCCUCCCCCCCGAACAACAUGGCGGGGCUGGGCAGCGGGGAGCGCUGGGCCGAAGCCUUAAUUGACGCGAUCAGAAGGAAUGCAUGCCCAACAGAGGAAAACAGUGAGAGUUCUGACUUCUGUGCUUGCAGCGACUGUAUGAGAGGGAAGAAGGAGAAGUGCGACAAUGAGAGGGGUCAAGCAGGCUCUGGAGAAGCUAGUGUGACUUACACAGAGGAGCAGUUGUAUGGAGUACAAAGAAUAAAGAAGUGUAGCAAUUAUUAUGAAAUUUUGGGAGUUGAGAGAGAUGCCAAUGAGGAGGAUUUGAAGAAAGCUUAUCGAAAACUGGCCCUUAAAUUUCACCCUGACAAGAACUGUGCUCCUGGAGCAACAGACGCUUUUAAAGCAAUAGGCAAUGCUUUUGCCAUUCUGAGCAACCCUGAAAAACGAUUACGAUAUGAUCAAUUUGGGGAUGAGCAAGAGACUUUCAGCACUCCCCGGGCUAGGAAUUAUGAUUAUUACAGGGAAUUUGAAGCAGACAUCACACCAGAAGAAAUAUUCAACAUGUUUUUUGGUGGGCACUUCCCUACAGGAAAUAUUCAUACGUUUUCAAAUGUAACACCAGACGCCCACUAUUAUCGGCGGCGACACCGAAAUGAGAGAGCCUGGACGCAGGACAAAGAGGAGGAAGAGAACAGGCCUCAGAAUACGUACUCUGCAUUUAUUCAGUUGCUGCCGGUUUUGGUGAUCAUAGUUUUGUCAGUUAUAACUCAGCUGAUGGCCACUAAUCCACCGUACAGCCUGUUCUACAAAUCGUCCAUAGGCCAUACCGUCCCUAGAGAAACACAAAACCUGCAGGUGCCUUAUUAUGUUGAUAAAAACUUUGAAAAUAGUUAUAAAGGAACAGAACUUCAAGAGCUAGAGAAAACCGUUGAAAAGGAUUAUAUAGACUAUAUCCAGACCAGCUGCUGGAAGGAGAAACAACAAAAAUCCGACUUGUCGAAUUUGGCCAGAUUAUACAGAGAUGAGCGAUUAAAACAGAAAGCAGAGUCACUGAAACUUGAGCACUGUGAAAAGCUCUCCAAUCUUAUUGGACUACACAAGGGGGGCUGAGUAGGCCAGACAAAUGCUGGGUUAUUUAUUGCUGUUUUAACUUGUUUCUAUUUUCCUUUGUAU